CUGAUAGCUAAACCCGCUCCCGGAAUAAGACCUAGCGGUCCAUCGGCUGUGAACAGAUGUCCACUAUAAAGUGCGUGAUGUUGGGUGACCUUGAAGUGGGAAAAACCUGCCUGUUCAUGUCCUACACGGUCAACAAGUUCCCCUCUGAAUACGUGCCCACGGUGAUGAACACUUACUCCAUGACGGUGAUGAUCAGAGAGGAGGAUUACACUCUGAAAGUGUGCGACACUUCGGGCCAUGAUGAUUAUGACAGACUGCGACCCCUCAGCUACCCCGACACUGACAUCUUCCUCGUCUGUUUCUCUGUCGUAUCGCCCUCAACAGUUUAUAGCAUCAGAGAGAAGUGGGUACCAGAGAUUUUAUUCCACUGUCCACGGGUGCCUUUCCUGCUGGUGGGGACUCAGGUGGAUCUGAGAGACGACAGUGUCACCCUGGAGACGCUGGCCAAGAACAAACAGCAACCGGUGACCUUUGAGAGCGGAGAGAAGCUGGCUCAUGAGCUGAAGGCCAUUAAAUACAUGGAGUGUUCAGCUCUGACACAGAAAGGAGUUCAGAAUGUGUUUGAAGAGGCCAUCCGGGUGGUGCUGGAGCCUCUACACAACAAAUCCAGUCGCUGUGUCCUUUUAUAGACACCACAAAAAGAACAAAUGGAGUAAAGGGCAGAGGAAGAGAAGCUGGAGAUGUACGUGGACGUAGAAAAAAGACUAUUAGCCUGGAUGAGAAGAGAGAGAGGAAGGACAGACUCACUUUU